AUGAACGAAAAAAAAGGUUUUUUAUAUAUAGGUGGAAAAGGAACUGCAAAUGAUACACAUGGAAUACAAAUGGGAGGAUUCAAUGGCGGUGGAAGUGGAUAUUAUUGGAAUUCCAAUUAUUAUGGAGGUGGUGGAGGUGGUGCAAGUGAUAUUCGCCUUGAAAGAUACUCAUAUUACGACCGUAUUAUAGUUGCGGGCGGUGGAGGGGGUUCCGGGAUAGGAGGUGAUUCAAGUUCUCUAUAUUAUAAUAAAGGAGGUUCAGGAGGUGGUAUAAAAGGUGGUGAUGGAGUAUAUCAAUCAUCUAAUCCAGAAUAUGCAGCCUAUGGAGGAACUCAAAUAAAUCCAGGGGAAUCAGGCGGUUUUAACAAUUUUCGUAUUCAAGCCGAUUUUGGCUAUGGAGGUUCAAAUGUUUGUUAUACUUGUGGCGAUCCAGGUUCUGGCGGCGGAGGCGGCUGGUUUGGAGGUGCUGCUUCCGGAUAUUAUGGAUUUGGUGGUGCAGGUGGUUCGGGAUAUGUUCUUACAUUAAAUUCUUUUAAACCAGAUGGAUACGUUCCUGAAAGAGAGUAUUAUUUAAGCAGAGCUUCAAUGAUGAAUGACAUCCAAUAUGGAAAUGGUGCUAUUAAGAUAACAAUCUUAAAUUAUGCUGGGAAAGAUAAUGUUAUUAAAUUUCGUGGAUGUAGCUCGCUUGGCUUUUCUUUUUCACAACUAGUUUCUUUUAUAACUUUACCUUGUGUUAUAUAG